AUGGCCUGUUUACAAAAACUUCGAGAAGAUAUUGCCUUGCUUGAACGAUUGUUUCCUAAAACACACGAACGCUUUCAGAUUGUUUCCGCUUCAAUUGACGAACUCGAGGUUAAAUUUGUUGGGACAGAUGGGAAGUCUAUUCAGAUUUGUGCAAACAUUCAGGAAAACUACCCACGAGAGCCUCCAAUUUGGUUCAGCGAAUCUGACGAUGCUAUAGUCACUGCUUUACUUGAACAACUCACUCAAAGUCAGGAUGGCACAGGUAUUCUGGCACAAUUGCAUAUGCUGGUUCUCAGGCUUUGUACUGCCCACAAUCUGACUGCGCCGACAGAACUUGAAGCGAUUGCUCCGAGUCCACUGGAUGACCGCGACGAAGGAAAUGGGAGCGAAUUGGAAAGCACCGUGGAUGAUGACGAAGAGGAUGAUUUGAUGUGCGAAAUGGAAGACGUUUCUGCUGCACGAGUUGAGCAUUCUGAAGAUGGAUUGGUUCCACCGGAAGGUUUAGCUGUUAUUACUCGUGUUUCUCAAGUACAACGUCAGCAGCACCUUAAAGGCGCUCCAGCUGGUUCUGUAACAGCGUCAGAUCGUCUUAUGAAAGAGCUUAAACAGAUAUAUAGCAGUGAUAAUUAUAAAAACGGUAUCAAAACGUUUACUUUUUUUGGUAUUAUUAGGUUUGGAUAUCCAAGGUUAUUAACCGAUACCUCCUGUCUUCGGUUUUCGAUGGGUUUCAGUCCCUGGUUUUCAGUUCCGGUUCGGUUAACUGUUUGUGUCCAAUCCUAUUUUCUAAAAUUAAUUUUAGGCGUUUUCUCAAUCGAAUUGGAAAAGGAUAAUUUGUAUGAGUGGAAUGUCAAAUUGAAGAAAGUUGAUGAAGAUAGCAAUCUUGCAUCAGAUUUGAGACAAUUGGCUAAACCUCCACAUAACAAGGAUGGACUGCUUUUUCAAUUUAUUUUUGGGACUUCAUUUCCGUUUGAGCCUCCAUUUGUUCGUCUUGUUUCUCCUGUUGUUACAAACGGGUUUGUUUUGAGUGGUGGUGCUCUUUGUAUGGAACUUUUAACCAAACAAGGAUGGACAGCUUCUUAUAGCGUUGAAUCAUUAAUUACUCAAAUCUCUGCUACUUUGGUUAAAGGAAAUGCUCGUAUUGCAUUUGAACCAAAAAAUGGGAAUACUUAUAGUUUGGUUAAAGCUCAGCAAUCUUUCAAGUCUCUUGUACAUAUUCAUGCUAAAUCAGGUUUGUUUCUUUUUUUAUUUUUUUGGGGGCGAGGACAACUGGUAUCGUGA